AGCCAUACGAGAUUGAGACACCGGGGAGGGGACCAAGCGUGACUCUCAAAAUCUACUCAUUCUCUCUCUCCUCCCUCUUCUCUCUCUAAAAGAUCUCAAGCUCUGAAUUCGUAGACAAAAAGAAAGGGCCUCCUCGUCCUCCCUCCGUCGCCAAGAAGAUUGUCCGGCCGAGCUGCUGCUGCUGCUGCUGCUUUCGACGCCGUCCCUUUUCGCGGAUUCUCAUGAUGUCCCGGAUUCUCCAGGGCAGAUUCAGAUUCUGAACAAAGAUAGUUUUUUUUUUCCCAUCUCUCUCGGGGCAGUCAAAAGGGGGCUCGAGGAAGCGUAGAUGGAGGGCGAUGCAUUCCCGGGGUUCGGCGGCGGGGCUCACCACCACCAGAUAGACACCAAGAUACUGCAGACCUUCCAAAAGAGCUUUGUGCAGGUGCAGAGCAUCCUGGACCAGAACAGGCUGCUGAUCAACGAGAUAAACCAGAAUCAAGAGUCCAGAGUCCCGGACAGCCUGAGCCGGAGUGGACUGAUCCGCGAGCUCAACAACAACAUCCGGACAGUGGUCAAUCUCUACGCCGAUCUGUCGAGCAACUUCACCAAGUCCAUGGACGCAUCUUCCGAGGGCGACUCGAGCGGCGGUGCUAUGAGAUCAGACGCCAAAGCUGGGCUGAAGAGAAAUAGACCUGCGUAGAAACGACCCCGAAAUCAAGAAAGCAAGCAAAAAAGAAGAUCCUACCCUUUUGCUUAUUCUCUCUGUAGCUUGAUGGGAUGAAGUUAGAUGAAGGAAGAAAGGAGGAGAAAGUGGGGUUCUUGGUGGGUGGUGGUAGAAUCUGAUUGUCAAGUGCUUGAUGGAUCCAUCACGAAUCAGUGAAGUCACUGAAGUGGCUCUGAUCUGUGUCUCUUGUGGUUCCCCUUUUUCGCUUCCAGAUUCAUCCGUACUUCUUCCCUAGGAGGAGAAUAAUUGUUCCGAGGAGUAGAAAUUCCCCUCUCUGUCUGUAACUCCAUUGUAUCCGUGGAUCCAAUUGGGAAUCAAUCAUGCUUUGUUCCAUCUGGUGUUUGCGUGUGUCCGUACUUUGUCAUUUAGCAUAUGUUUCGCACUGUCCAUCCAACUAUAAAAGAGGUUCUUAUUCA